AUGGCUGUAAUCUCUGAAAUCCCCGAGGACUCCAAUGGCGACCACUCAAAUCCAAACAAGAAGCCACAAGACGCCAAGAAGAAACUGAGAGAGCCAGAUGAGAGGUACUCUUUCCCCAUUCCAGACGAAGUCACCGAAAAAUGCUUCGCACUCGUUGAGAGAUGUCAUUACCCGGAGCUAUCUCUCGUCUCCGACACCUUCCGUCGUCUCAUCAAUUCUCCGACACUCUACAACACGCGCUCUCGCCUCGGCCAGACGGAAAGCGUUCUCUACGUUUACCUCGGAUUCACUGGUUACGAACGCUUGAGCUGGUACAUUCUCCAUCGGAAGCCCUCUAGAAACGUGCCAAACACGUUUUCAUUGCGAUUAGGGAAAAUCGGUACACUUCCUCCCAUGCCUUGGGGAGCUGCUGUCGUCUCAGUCGGAUACGAGAUGUACGUGUUCGGUGGAUGCGUGGGCCAAAAAGAGGUUCCAACAAAAGGCACAAAGGAAGUGAUUGUCAUCGAUUGCAGACUCCACACGCAUCGCUCCCUCCCGAGUAUGAAACUGAAUCGCAGCCGCGCAGCCGCCGGAUUAAUAGACGGAAAGAUAUACGUGAUUGGAGGUUGCCAGACACGUUCAGGCCAUUAUAUCGAGACGUUCGAUGUUAGGGAACAGGUUUGGGUUAGAACCAAGUGGUCACAACCACGUAAUAAUUUGUUCUAUACAUAUGCGGUCAUGGAGGAACAGGUUUUUAUUUUGGGUAAAAAAAAAUUAUUUGCUUACGAACCUAAAGAAGGUAAAUUGAGGAGGAUCUUGGCAGGAGAGUUGUGCUUACGGUGGCACAUGUCUUCUUGCAUGAUCGAUGAUAUGCUGUUUUCCUUUAACCCUCAACGGGUUUUUGAGAAUAUGGCUCCGGAGCCAAUCAUCGUCUAUGACCCGAAGGAGAAGGAGUGGAGACCCUGGACUGGUUUACAAGGUUUUCCAUAUAAUAUUUUUCUCCAUGAGUCUAAAAUGGGGAAUCUUGGUGGAAAUUUAGUCAUUUUGGGCAACGAUAGGAGUCAUCAGUCUCAAGGGUUUGGAGGGAAAAAAUAUAUUUGGUGCGUAGAGAUCUCUCUGGAACGAGGUCAGGGAGGUGAAAUCUCAGGAAAGGUUGAAUCAGUCGCGGUUGUGCUUACAGUCCCAGAGUGGCAGGCUUCUAUUGAGCUUUGUCGCACUGUCACCGUUUGA